UGGGACAUGAAGCACUGGCCAGGAAGCUCAGGGAGCCCCUUCUCUGCCUGCAGUGAGGCUGUCUGGGAGAACAUGGCACGCAUGUGUGUGAAGACCCAGCGGCUGGACGUCGCCAAGGUGUGCUUGGGGAACAUGGGCCAUGCUCGCGGGGCCCGAGCAUUGCGGGAGGCAGAGCAGGAACCAGAGCUGGAGGCCAGAGUGGCCAUGCUGGCCAUACAACUGGGCAUGCUGGAGGAUGCUGAGGAACUAUAUAAGAAAUGCAAACGCUAUGAUCUUCUAAACAAGUUUUACCAGGCCUCGGACCAGUGGCAGAAAGCCGUAGAAAUUGCUGAGCUCCAUGACCGAGUUCACUUACGCACCACCUACUACAACUAUGCCAAGCACCUGGAGGCCAGCACUGACUGCGGGCUGGCACUUAGUUACUAUGAGAAGUCAGAUACCCACCGCUUUGAGGUACCCAGGAUGCUCUCAGAGGACCUGCAGUCCCUGGAGCUCUACAUCAACAAGAUGAAAGACAAGACCCUGUGGAGGUGGUGGGCCCAGUACUUGGAGAGUCAGGCAGAAAUGGAUACUGCACUGCACUACUAUGAACUGGCACAGGACUAUUUCUCCCUAGUCCGCAUCUACUGCUUCCAGGGCAACAUUCAGAAGGCAGCUGAAAUAGCCAAUGAGACUGGAAACUGGGCAGCGUCAUAUCACCUUGCCCGCCAGUACGAGAGCCAGGAGGAGGUGAAGCAGGCGGUGCACUUCUACACGCGGGCACAGGCCUUCAACAAUGCCAUCCGCCUGUGUAAGGAGAAUGGCUUAGAUGACCAGCUCAUGAACUUGGCCCUGCUAAGCUCACCAGAGGACAUGAUUGAGACAGCCAGAUACUAUGAGGAGAAGGGCGAACAAAUGGAUAGGGCAGUUAUGCUGUACCACAAGGCUGGCCACUUCUCCAAGGCCCUGGAGCUGGCCUUUGCUACCCAGCAGUUUGCAGCCUUGCAGCUCAUAGCAGAGGACCUGGAUGAGAAGUCAGAUCCUGCCCUGUUAGCCCGCUGUUCAGACUUCUUCAUUGAACACAGGCAGUACAAGAAGGCGGUGGAACUGCUGCUGGCUGCCAAGAAGUAUCAUGAAGCCCUGCAGCUGUGCCUGGAGCAGAACAUGACCAUCACAGAAGAGAUGGCCGAAAAGAUGACCGUUUCCAAAGACUCGAAGGACCUGUCUGAGGAGUCCCGUCGGGAGCUGCUGGAGCAGAUAGCAAACUGCUGCAUGCGCCAGGGCAGCUACCACCUAGCCACAAAGAAGUACACACAGGCUGGGAACAAGCUGAAGGCCAUGAGAGCCUUGCUCAAGUCAGGAGACACGGAGAAGAUUGUGUUCUUCGCAGGCGUCUCUAGACAGAAGGAAAUCUACAUCAUGGCUGCCAACUACCUGCAGUCCCUGGACUGGCGGAAGGAGCCAGAGAUCAUGAAGAACAUCAUCAGCUUCUACACCAAGGGGCGUGCCUUGGACCUGCUGGCAGGCUUUUAUGAUGCCUGUGCCCAGGUGGAGAUUGACGAAUACCAGAACUACAACAAAGCCCAUGGGGCACUGACUGAGGCCUACAAGUGCCUGGCCAAAGCCAAGGCCACAAGCCCCCUGGACCAAGAAACCAAGCUGGCUCAGCUGCAGAGCAAGAUGGCACUAGUGAAGAGGUUCAUCCAGGUCCGCAGGACGUACACGGAGGACCCCAAGGAAUCCAUCAAGCAAUGUGAACUGCUCCUCGAGGAGCCAGACCUGGACAGCACUAUCCGUGUGGGGGACGUCUACAGCUUCCUGGUGGAACACUACCUGCAGAUGGAGGAGCACCAGACGGCCUACAAGUACCUGGAGGAAAUGCGCAAGAGGAUCCCCUCCGCCAGCAUGUCCUAUUACGUAAGCCAGCACACUGCAGACCUUGUGCUCCAGGGUCUCGGCCUCCCUCUGACUCGUGCCUUGCCUGAGCGGACCCGCCACAACAGCAUGGAGGACCACAGAGAGGUGGACGAGGAGGUGGUAGAAGAGGUAGAAAAUGAUCCCUGAGGGGCCUAGGCCCCUGGCCAAUGUCCUGCUGCUGAAGUAUCUUCUGGAAUCUUCUAGUCACCAGUAGCAGCAAAGGCAGUAGUUCUGUUCAAAAAAAACCCCUUGAGCAUUGAAAGAGCAGAGCUGUAGGAAGACAUGGGCCCAGUCGCCAGGGCCUAAGAAGGAGUGUGCUCUGUCCCACCACAGUCCUUAUGCUCUGCAUGCUUCCCAUGUCUAGAGAUGAGGAAACGUGUUUGUAUUUUUAAACCAUCUCAAUCAUUCCUGCCUCUAUGUGCUCAGCAACUCAUGUGGAUUUUUGGAUUAGUUCCCUUAAAGGCAGUUAGAUUCAUCUUUCCCACAUUAUUCUCCCAAAUACAUACUGUAAAGUCUAAGAAACUUAAAGAACUUCAUGAACUGAGGCUGCAUCUGGGGAACUGAGGCACCUAUUACACUGUUCACUAUGCUCUUCUCUAAGCCCAUUCAGUGGUUACCUGACACUGCCCAAAGCAGGGUCCACCACAGCCAGGACCACCUGGGUCCUCCUCUGAUUCCAAUAAAAUUUAUUUUCUCAG